UGCCAGAGACUCGCCCAAUCAGGAAAGAGAACAGAUGUGACUCCUAUCUUUGCCCAUCUCGAUUGUGGCAACAUGUGCAAAAUUGAAGCACACUGAAACAAAGCUAAUAGCAAUGGCCUCCAACCUACUUGCGAUGGCCUCUAACCUAAUAGCGGUUUUGUUCCAAAGAAUCGGCAUUUUGCUUUCCGGAAUCCGAAUCUCUUGGCUUAGUGACUUAGUGCGUAGUCCAGUUCGUGUAGCAGGUUCUGCAAGUGGUGCACGUGUCUAGUUUUCCAAUGGCGGUGCAAAUGCAGCCUUCGCCAAUGCCUUCGGGGCCUGUCGUUGCGGGGAUGCACCGGAUGCUGUCCGAUUCUGGCAGGGACUCGAGCUAUUCAUUUGGAUCUGCCGAAAACACGGGCAGAGUUCGAAGUGCCUUGAUGCUGGGAACCUUCGGAGGCUUGAGCAGCUUGGCACGUGUUCAAAGAGGGCAUUCUCGGAGAUCAGCUGGAGGCUCCUUUCGACCUCGCUUCAAGGUGUGUCGUUUCGCAAAGGAUGAGCUGCUGGAAGAGGCCAAAGCGGCAGCUGAGGCCGCCAAACUCCAAUUGGAAGCAGCAAAGCUUCGAGCUGAGGCAGAAGAGCUCAGACAAGCCACAGCCAAAGCUCAGCGGAAGGACCGUGCCGUGCGGCUCCUAGGGAGUGAGGACAUCAUGGGAAUUGGGCUACCAGAACUCAUGGUUCGGCUUCAACAAGAAGGGAUUGAGAUUUCUGGCGCGCAGGGUUUAGCACUGGCGUCCGCCAUGGGCUUUCAAGAUGAACCUUACUUUUUCCGUUUGGAAGAUCUAACAUCGGAAGCCUUUGACAAGAAGCUUGCUGCCAUACAAGCUGAGAAUUUGCAGGCGGCAAGGCAAGCUGAAGCCAAGAAACGAGAGGAAGAGAGACAAGCUCAGGCUCAGGCUCAGGCACAGAAUGAGGCCAACUCAAGUCCCGGCAUCAAUUCAGCUGGUGGAGCAGCUGAAGUCGUGAAUGAUGACCGCAGUUUGGGAGCACGACUUGGAGGAAGUUUAGCCUACAUCUUGCCAUUGACAGAAGCGUUCAAAUUCAUGCUGCCACUCGUGCAGCAAUUCCCUCCACUUGGUGUAAUUUUCGGGCCAAUCACUCUCCUGACCUUUCUCUUGAACACGAUUCCAUUUGUGCCGCUCAUCCUCUUUGUGACCUUUAUCGUCUUUGCCCAGCUCAAGGACAUUCCCAGAUUAAUCCGUUUCAACUUGGAGCAGGCUGUCCUCAUUGACAUGGCGCUCACCAUUCCGAGCUUCAUUUUGUCCGGUUUAGAGUUCUCCGGAAAAAUUCAGGCAGCAUCCAUCCUUGGUGGCCUCACGUUUGCCUUAACCUUUGGCAUCUCAGUGUAUGCGGUCCUUUGCAAUCUCGAUGGCAAGGAUCCGGAUGGAGUUCCAGGCAUCUCCGGCCUGACCAAGAACGUGGUAGACCGAGGAACCUUUUUUGAUCCUCCUGAACAAAAAUAAGGAGGGCCUUCCGGCAGCGAGCAGCCGCUCAGAAAGACUUGUACAGCACAAGUAUAUAAGCGGCUUUCUAUGGAAGUAUGGAGUGUUUCCAUCUUCCAAUUUUCACGGUCCUCCAGGGGCCGAGAAGUAUCUCUUCUGUCAAGGAACAGAGUCUCAAACCCUGAAGCGGUACAAAAAAUCAGUGGCUGCGCUUGAACCAGCUUGGCAUUGCACCAUGUCGGUUUUACUGUAGGACCAGCUUGUACAAAACGUGCUUUAUGCAAAGAGCGUUGGCGUCACUUUCUGGAGGAGAGACAGGCGCAACAGUUUUCGACAGAUCCUGU